AUGGGAGGCGGUAACGGACAAAAGAGUGCGGCGGCGCGUGACCGCAACAACGCGAAGAAGGCCAAGGAUGCCAAAGCCAAGAACGCCCCUGAAAUCCGUGCCAAGAUGGAAGCCGACCGCACGGCGGUGAAGUGCAAGAUCUGCAUGAUGACGUUCAUGAUCAACGUGGGGCGCAACCAAUUGAACGACCACUGGGUGAGCAAACACCAAGACAAGGGGUUCACCCUCGAACAAGCCUUCCCCAACCUGGCGGCGGCGUAAUUGGGCUGAGAUUCAAACCAGCAUUGUCACGUUGGUUGGAGUGCUGCUGUCAACGAGACCAUUUGCCAUUGCAUUUCCAACAGUGCUAUUUAACAGUGAAAAAAUAGUUCCGGAUGGAUCAUUCUUGUGUGCUCGACUAUUAAACUACU